UGCUGACGUUAUUAGUUAUUAUUCUUUCCCUUCCUUACCAUGGAUGCAGUCGAGCGCGCCAAUGUAGAGCGCCAAAAGCGAUGGGUUAAGGACCAGAAGGUCGGUGAGGGAACAUAUGCCGUAGUCUACAGGGGGAGAGAAGCCUCGACUGGACGUAAAGUUGCCAUAAAGAAAAUCAAGGUCGGCCAGUUCAAAGAUGGUCUUGAUAUGUCUGCGGUUCGGGAGGUCAAAUAUUUGCGAGAGCUAAAACACCAGAAUGUCAUCGAGCUAUUGGAUGUAUUCUCGUCCAAGACGAAUUUGAAUCUCGUCCUAGAGUUUCUUGAUUCAGACCUGGAAAUGAUAAUAAAGGAUCGGUCCCUCGUCUUUCUUCCUGCAGACAUCAAGAGUUGGAUGGCUAUGACUUUUCGGGGACUCGAAUUCUGCCACAGAAAUUUUGUCUUGCAUCGUGAUCUCAAACCCAACAAUCUACUCAUUGCAUCUGACGGUCAACUGAAAAUCGCUGAUUUCGGUCUAGCCAGAGACUUUGCUGAUCCUGGCUACAAAAUGACAUGUCAGGUCAUCACGCGGUGGUACCGACCUCCAGAACUUUUAUUCGGCUGUCGGUAUUACGGUACCGCAGUGGACAUCUGGUCUGUCGGUUGUAUAUUCGCCGAACUAAUGCUGCGAACACCCUAUCUUGCCGGCGAGAGUGAUAUGGAUCAGCUCAAAACUAUAUUUCGCGCACUAGGCACGCCCACGGAACAAGACUGGCCAGGUCAUACAAAGUUGCCAGACUAUAUCACCGUUGGUCAAUUCCCAAAGACACCACUCCGCGACUUGUUUACUGCAGCAAGUCCCGAUGCGCUGAACUUGUUGAGUAAAUGUCUCAUAUACGAACCGCGGAGACGUAUCAGUGCAAAAGACGCUCUACACCACCAGUACUUCUUUGCUCAACCGCAUCCCUCAUAUCCUUCCAAGUUACCGAAGUGUGCCACACAAUUAGCCACUGCCCAGCCGCUAGAAGAGGUUGAUGCCAACGUUGACAUGGAGUCCACUGUUGCCGGAGGCAAGGGUGGUCCAAUAAAAGCAAGACCCAAACGUAAACUCAAUUCUCCUUACGACGACUCCAAGAGUAGAUCCAUUGCUCGACGCUUAGAUUUCACACAGCCAAUACCAGGCUCAUAGUCACAAGUGGAAAAAAGCAAAACUGUCCGCCCAACACUCCUGUUCAUUCUUUUGUAACUACUGUAGCUACGAUUGUGUAAGAUAUACAACUGUGAUAAAAGGGAAACUGGAUGCGACAA